AUGGCGUUGAUGAACAAGAAGGCAAUGAUGAAGUUAGCUUUAAUGCUUUUCCUGUUGGGCUUCAGUGCAACUGUUGUUGAUGCUCGUUUCGAUUCAACUUCGUUCAUCACUCAAGUGCUCUUCAAUGGUGAUGCAGGUUAUACUAUCAAAUCAACAACAACAGCAUGCUGUGAUGCCUGCGUUUGCACAAGAUCAGUCCGUCCUCAGUGUCGUUGUAUUGAUGUUGGAGAAACAUGUCACUCAGCUUGCAUACGUUGCAUUUGUACAAAGUCUAUUCCUCCACAGUGUCGUUGUGCUGAUAUCACUAAUUUCUGCUAUGAAAAGUGUAACUAA